AAUAUUGAGGCCUAUGGCGCGAAGGGCUGGGAACCCUCGCGACCGACAUGUGAAUAUGAAUGCGAGGCGAAAGAGGAACAGCGAGAGAAGGACCCCAAUAUCGCACGUGUUGGGCAAAGAGUCGCGUGCCGAAAAGGCGUUUCCAGCUGCGUGUGAUGCUUUCCCUGAUGGGGUGCGCAAGCGCCUCUGCCAUUGGAUGAGGGGAGUCGAGAGUCCGCGAGUGUUUCAGCCACUGGAAGUGCCUGGGGAAUCCCAUAAAUACCAACAUUCCCAGCACUUGCACACUCAUUCACUCCUCAUUUCUCGCCGUGGCGGCAUCGGCUCUGUGUUUUUUCGUCUAUAUAUAGUGAUUUUUUGAGAGAGUUUGCUUUUCCGGUUGUGUUGAUUGACCAUAUUUUCUUUUUGCCACCUUUUUUGCUGUUCUGUGCGGGCAUCGCGAGAGAGAGAAGGAGUCGAGGAGUUGUCGAUGUGAGAAUUAUGAGAUGGAAUCUCAACAGUUUUUGCCAUUUCGGCAACUCGUCACUGGUGGUCUCCUGACCACGGUGGCGGACUUGCCGGUGAGCAUGAAGCGUCAGUACACAGUGCUCACGGAGACGCCGCUGGACUUGUCGGUGCGUCCGAGUUUGGAUGCCAUCACGCCGCCCAGCACUCCGUCGCCGCCGAAGAAGCGCUACCGCGAGAGUGAGGUGAAGGUGGAGAUUAAGGCGGAGGCCGCGGAGGCUCCGCAAAGGACGCCCAGCAGCAAGGGCAAGUCCGUGGGGCGCGCCGACAAGCGGACGAAGGCGGUGAGGAAGCUGAAGUUCGACGAGGACACGUCGUCGCCUGUGUCGGGCACGAUAAUCCGGCCGCUGGAGGAGAUCGACGAGAACGGGGAGGACCAGAUCGGCGACAUCGAUCCGCAGUACAACAUCGUGGAGGUGACGGAGGAGGCCAAGGCGGAAAUUGCCGCCAUCCCCAAUGUGAUUGGCGCGUAUCGGUGUCGCCUGUGCCGCAAUGAGUUCGAGGAUGCCUUCGGAUUGGCGCGGCACCGGUGCUCGUGCAUCGUUCUGUUGGAGUACCGGUGCCCCGAGUGUGGGAAGCGCUUCAACUGUCCGGCCAAUUUGGCGUCGCACAGGCGCUGGCACAAGCCCAAGGAGCAGCUGGUGUCGCGGCGCCAGGAGAGCGGUGAGUCGGAGCACCAAUUCCCGUGCUCGGAGUGUGGCAAGUUCUUCAAGAGGAUGGCCUACCUGCGAAAGCACAUGGCCACGCACAAGAAGGACAAGGUGGAGUCACACAGCAGUAGUGACUCAUGCAGUGAUCCACCGCGCGGCGCCGAACAGAACAUCACGGAGAUGAUUUUCCGCUACUCCAUGCGCACGCCGUCCACCACGUCGUCAUCUGAGCGCUCGACGCCUUCGCCCAGGAUGCAGAUCAUCGACGAUGCCUUCACGGAGGAGGAGAAUCUGGCCGCCGCGGCUCUGGCGCACCUCCGCAACGGGCCGUCCGUGAUCCGCCACACAACGGCACUCGUGGUGUGACAAGUCUCAAAGUAUAGCAUUUAAGGUGUAAAUAGAUUCUCACGGGAAUCACGCAAAAGAUGGGAAUUCUAGUCAAACGAAGAAACUUAGUUAUCACGUAAUUUAUGCCAUAUCAAUAAGUGAAACCUAAUUUUUCCUUAAAACUCACAAGAAAGCGCGAGCGCUUCUCAAUUAACUUAUAUUUUCCUUUUCCCUCAUCGCGAAGUGUUUUUUUGUGUUGAGCACAGUGUUGUUAAGGAUAAAGCCACAAAGGAUUGCCUUGUGAAGACGAUUCAGUUGAUUACAUUAAAUCUUUACUGGAUUUUUGGUUUUGAGAAAUAUAAUUUAUUUGUGCACAUUUAUUUUUAAAAAAUUAAUUUAGAAAUUUUAUCACGAACUUUUCUUUCAUUGAAAAUCAUAAACUUGGCAAUGAAGAAGCAGGCUUGAGGAUUAGAAUUGCAAUUUGUAAAAUUGUGUGCCAUUGUCUGUCAUUUUCAUGAGUUUUCUUUUUUAUUUCACACUAAAUCGAAUUGAAAGGAAUAUUAGAUGUAGUAUUGUGUAAAAAUUGAAAUCUGUGCCUCUGGAUUAAGUUUUAAAAGUAUAAUCAUAAGUGGUACAAAUCAAUUAAAAAAAGAAAACGAAAGAGUCAAAAGGCGUUCGAAAACAAUGUUUAGAAGAGGAUCAAACUCAUUUUAAGUGGCAAAAGAAGCGAUAAAUCUUCAUCUUCACAUUCACAAUCAUAUCACAAAUUGAUUAUAUGUAUAAAAAAAACCUAUGAAAAGACGAAAGAGAGAACUUUGUAAAAUUAUUUUUGUACUUAAAGAGAGACGUUUGAGUAAUAUUCUAGUCGAUAGAUUUUCUUAAUAUUUAUUGCGAACGAGUUUUGCGCACAACCUAUAAAUUUUAUACAUUUUAAUUCUAUCUGAAGAAUUUUGCAAAUUUAUCUAAUAAAUUAUGUACAUUCAAUGUGAUAUUAAAUCGUAAGAUUUCACGCGAACAAAGAAACAACCAAGAAUAGGAUUAAGGGUUCUUUUUUUUAUUUUUCCGAAAAUGAAGAGCAACCAAAAUGUAGGGAUAAACAUUAGUUUUGUAAUUCUUAUUCUAUGCUUCAGAAAUAAAUACAAACAUUUUUUCAUACAAUUUCACCGUGGAAAGUCUAUUUUACUCGCAAAUACAAUUGCAGCGGACGUGAGAGGAAUUUUCCGCAGGCGCAAUUUCCACCCCCGGGAAAAUUAUAUGAGCCAACUGUUGAGGAGCAAUUGCGACACUUGAGCUUCCCUCGUGUCCACUCAGACGACUCGAAUUCC